AUGGAUUGUCCUGCCAGAAGAUUCCCUCUGCAUCGACCAGCUAAUCAUGUUCCCCCUAUUCCGCGAUGGUAUACACACUUUGCAAACGGCCUAGACAGAGUUUUCACUGCUUACAUUGGGAUUCAGCGACAUAAUGGACUCGAUACUGGGCAAACUCAGUGUCUCGCAGCGAUCGAGCGCUGGCUUGCUGGAAACCAGAACAGCGCGCCUGCUGCGGUGGAGCGAUUUCGGGUCAUCGACGGGACUGACGCUCCAGAGUCACUCAUUUUCGUCUGCUACUGGGACAAUGAAUCAAAGUACGAGGAGGGUAUUAGAGAAUUGAAUCUCACCCAGCUAUACCAAGAGCUCGAUAAAUCGGUUCAACCGACGGUGGGUCUCUGGUGUGAGAGGUUUGUCAGCCACGUUUCUCGUUUGGAGACAAACUAUUCGGGAAUAGACUAUCUGCCUGGCUUGGCUCGACUACCCUGCACACAGACUGUAGAGCACUCAUACUCAGCAUACUGGGGCGCUGCUCGGGAUCGCAUCCCUGAUUCAGCAUAUGACCUCUUUGCGCGGGAUGAAAGCCCCACAGCAGCGGCUGUUGUUCAUACUACGCCGGCCUCUUUAGGCAAGCACCUCACGGGAACCAACUUCCAGAACAUGGUGCAUAUCCGGACUGGCCAGUUCUGGAACAACUGCGACGAGGAUGAGAGACGUUCCUACGAAGACAAACUGGAACCGACACUCCGGGAAGGCCUACUAUACUUAUGGCAAAACCCCGCCGAGACGGGCUCAAUGGGACUGAGGUACCUAUCUAACGUCCCCACCUCUUCGCCUCAAUGGUCAGGACAGUCAAACGAAUCCUGUGUGACUGGAUUCUUCAGAAGCCUUGCUGAUCUGGAAACCUGGGCCAAGAAGCACCCAUCGCAUCUGGCUAUAUAUACUGGUGCUAUUCGACAUGCAAAGGCUUUUGGGGAGAGACGGAAGUUUCGGACGUGGCACGAGGUUUCAGUGCUGAAGCACGGUGACGCGCACUUUGAAUAUCUCAACUGUCUGCCACGCACUGGCAUGAUGAAUUGUAUAUCGCUCGCCGAUGUUAGCAAUUAA